GAGUCUCCCGGCACCAUGCUGUCGGGCUCUCCCGGCCAGACCCCGCCGGCGCCGUUCCCCAGCCCGCCGCCGCCCGCCCCGGCCCAGCCGCCGCCGCCGCCGUUCCCCCAGUUCCACGUCAAGUCGGGCCUGCAGAUCCGAAAGAACGCCAUCACCGACGACUACAAGGUCACCAGCCAGGUGCUGGGCCUGGGCAUCAAUGGGAAGGUGCUGCGGAUCUUCGACAAGAGAACCCAGCAAAAAUUCGCCCUGAAGAUGCUCCAGGACUGUCCGAAGGCGCGCCGAGAGGUGGAGCUGCACUGGAGGGCCUCCCAGUGCCCACACAUCGUGCACAUCGUCGAUGUCUACGAGAACCUGUAUGCGGGGAGGAAGUGUCUGCUGAUCGUCAUGGAGUGUCUCGAUGGUGGCGAGCUCUUUAGUCGAAUCCAGGACCGAGGAGACCAGGCAUUCACAGAAAGAGAAGCGUCAGAAAUCAUGAAGAGCAUUGGUGAAGCCAUCCAGUAUUUGCACUCCAUCAACAUUGCUCAUCGGGAUGUCAAGCCUGAGAACCUCUUAUAUACUUCCAAAAGGCCCAACGCCAUUCUGAAACUCACCGAUUUUGGCUUUGCCAAGGAAACCACCAGUCACAACUCUCUGACCACUCCGUGUUAUACACCAUACUAUGUAGCUCCGGAAGUGCUGGGCCCAGAGAAAUAUGACAAAUCCUGUGACAUGUGGUCCUUGGGUGUCAUCAUGUAUAUUCUGCUGUGUGGGUAUCCCCCCUUCUAUUCCAACCAUGGCCUUGCCAUCUCUCCGGGUAUGAAGACUCGUAUCCGAAUGGGCCAGUAUGAGUUUCCUAACCCAGAAUGGUCAGAAGUCUCAGAAGAAGUGAAGAUGCUUAUCCGGAAUCUGCUGAAAACAGAGCCUACCCAGAGAAUGACCAUCACAGAAUUCAUGAACCACCCCUGGAUCAUGCAAUCUACGAAGGUCCCUCAGACCCCACUGCACACCAGCCGUGUCCUGAAGGAGGACAAGGAACGGUGGGAGGACGUCAAGGAGGAGAUGACCAGUGCCUUGGCCACGAUGCGUGUUGACUAUGAGCAGAUCAAGAUAAAGAAGAUCGAAGACGCAUCCAACCCUCUGCUUCUGAAGAGGCGGAAGAAAGCUCGUGCUGUGGAGGCCGCGGCCCACUGAGCCGCUCUGUUCCCGCCCCACUGGAGGACAAGCAAUAACUCUACACGAAUAUAUUUUUGAAACAAAGAGACACAAGUUGCCCACUGCUGCCUCCUGUCCUGGGCUACGUGGAGCCCAGAAACGCCUCUGGCUGAGUUCUGCCCUUGGCUCUGGCCUCCCUCGAGAGGGGCUGGGGGAGGAUGUGUGAGGAGGGGUGAGGUGCUCUCGAGCCCGCUCUCCUUUGGCAUUUUAUCUGUAAUUUGACAUAGAAUUUUUAUGGAACCUC